UAUUCUUUAAUACAUUAUAUAUUCCAUAGAGUAGCCUUUACGUCAGCAGUUGAUAAAUAUUGAAAUCCUUUCUCUUUUCAGAAUACAUACAAUAGAAAAUGAAUCAACCAAAUAACCAAAUAGUUGAUGAUCCUGAUUAGUGAUAAAUUGGUUAAGCCUUUCACCUUAUCAUAAGUUUUAGCUUUCUAGAGUUGAAUUGUAAUGUACACCAUUCAUCAUAUGGCAUAAUGACUCCAUCAUUCUAAGCACACUCAUUUGCAUUUAGUCACUAAGUUUAACAGGCAAUUAUCAGACUAGAUUUUACACUCUUGGUAAACCAGUUUAUUUUUGUAUUAAAAAAAAACAAAACAAACAAAUAUACAUUCGACUGGUUAAAAGUUACUGCGAGCAGGUCAAAGUUUUACUAUGAUAGGCAAAGUGAAUAAUUGUUUCAAAAUUAAUAAACCAGUGCAAUUGGCUGUUCAUCAAGGCCAAUAUCAAGGUUAUUGCCCAGCUUUAUAUAUAUAUUUUUGGGACACUCAAAUAUAUCACCCUGUAUGACGACCACAACAAGUCUAAUGUUGACAAACUUGUUUAAUUGUUUUAACACAAAGAUGAACCUUAAAAAGUAGAAAACAAUGAAAUUGAAUUAAGUGUUCUACUUAGAUCUGUGCAUCUGCUUUCGAAUAAAACACAAAGCCUUUGAGCAGAAACACCAUUUCGCUUGCUCAGUUCGGACAAGGUAAACGCGUUCCAAAAUGCAAAUCAAAAACUCCAAAUCCCUCAGCCUUUUGCUGUUCUCAAUUAUCACGAUUGUCGGUGCCUCCAAAUAUUUAGCAGAAAGACCUAGUUAUUUGACGCCAUGCGUUACGGGUGAUAGUGGUUUUAAUAAAUGUCUGGCUAGCAAUUUCCAAACCCUUUUCCAUCAGUGGAAGGAUGGCAUUCCGGGCACCAAUACAGUUGGAUCCCUCGAUCCACUAUUCAUAAAGCGUGUGAAAUUCACCCAAGAUCCUCAGCGAUCCAUUGCCUUGAAUGCUGAUCUGCACGAUGUUUAUGUCACAGGCGGAAGUCAAUCGGUAGUUAAAGAAGCCAGAUAUGAUGCCGAUCGCCAUGUGGCCAAAGCUGUUGUCUUUAUACCCUUUUUGCGCUUCGCGUACGAUUACAAGGUUAAGGGUCAUGUUGUGGCUCUUAAUCUCAACGGACAUGGCAAGGGAUUCUUUGAAUUACAAAAUGCUGAGGUUAUUUUUGUUUUGUCCGUGACACCAGAUGUCCAAGGCGAUGUCAGUUUUGCCAAAGUGGAUAGCAUGAAGGUUAGUUUUCAUAAAAUUGGAAACUUUCAUAUACAAUUGGAUGGCUUGUUCGAGGACAAAGAACUGGAACGCAGUGCCAAUAUGCUUUUUAAUGACAAUUGGCGUGAAUUUUAUGAAGUUCUCAGACCAGCUGCCGAGCAAACCGUCGAAGGAGUUUUACUGGAUCGAUUCAGGAAAACAUUUAACUAUGUACCAGCCAAUUAUUUUAUAAAAGAUUUCCACUAGUCCUUGCCAAAUUUGUUAUACCAUCAAAGAUUGUCUAAUUAAAAGCAAGUAAUACAA